GCGCAGGCGCACGGCGGCGCGCCCUCCGCCAUCGUCGCUGCCGCCGCUCGCCGCUCGCUUCAGUUCGUCCCGAGAAACGCAAGCGGCAGGUUCGUUCGCGCAUGCCAUUAACGCGGCGCGCAUAAAAACACCACGAGCCGCGAACGUCAUUGCGAACGUUGUCACGAAACGAAGCCAUCUUCCGUCGUGUGUUUCCCAUCACGUUCGCUCAUCACAGUCGAGCCGAUCACCGAAGGAGUGAUCCUCGUGCAGUGCAGUGAACGAGCGGAACGAGCAGUGGGAGAGAAACGGCUCGCGGGCGAGACAUGCGAGGAACACGGAGCGGCGAAGAGAGAGACAGCGGAGAUAGAUAGGCGAGUAGAGAGUCGACCACACAGCUGUUCCGCGGCGGAGAAAGAAGGGAAUCACACGAAUGGACAGACUGACGGCCGCCGGAUAUACGCGUCGUUAAAGCGAGCGAGCGAGCGAACGAACGGACGGGAAAAAACGUCGGAGUCAGACGACCCGACUGUGUGCACCCAGACAGUCGACCGAGCGCGGGUUCCUUCCCCGUAGUCACUGGGAACGGCGAACGCGAUCGAGGAUACGUCGCGAUCACACGCGUAACGGAGAGCCACUGGCCGAGUAUCUUGACAAUCGAUGAACGUGCGUGAAACUGCCGGAGUAACGCGACGUGAGACAAAUCAAACGUGUGAUCGGAAGUAGUGGACGAGAUAGAGAAGAAGAAAGAGAGAGAAGAGUAAAUUGUCGGCGCGUGUAUACGCAGAGCUUCCUGGACAUCAAUUUAGAUCGUAUUUUCGAGCGUUACGUCGCGCUGUGCAUAACACAGUGACAGCACCGAAACGCUCGCGUCGUUUCGUCACUGCUGCGACGCUGGGCGUCGCGACGGGUGAUCUGGCCGCGCGAAAGAAAGAACAGUAGAGCGACAUCAUCAUCAUCAUCAUCAUCAUCGGGCACUCGGCGGAAAAAAAUGUGGCAUCCCUCGAAACGGAGCACUCAGCAAAUGGAGGAAGAGUACGUUCCGGUGUCGACGACUAGGGAGGACGAGAAGCGGUGGCAACGCGACGGCAACGGCAACGACAAGUCGACGACGACGGCCAACAGCAUCAACGUCGACUCCGGGUUCUUGUCGAGCGGCAAUCUGCAGACCAGCGGCGAAAUCUGCGACUCGGGGCUGCAGCUGCCGUCACUGGACAGUCGCGAGGGGGAGGGGCCGGAGGACAGGCCGAGGGGAGAGAUCGAGAAGAGAGAGCAGCAGCGGCGAGCAAGUGCAACAACGCCGGCGACGGUGUCUUCGUCGUCGUCUUCGGCCGCGACUACGAUAGCGGAGCCAAUGAGGGUCGAUAGCGGCCUCGUCGUCGACCUCGGCCUCAGCGAGAGCCUCAGCCAGCUCUCCCUCAAGCAGGUCGCCUUAAACUCGUUGACUGGCAGCCGCGCUGGCCGCGGCGCACUUCCGGCGAAAUCGAACCUCGAGCCGAACAUCGAGUUGGUCCCGGUGCGGCCAGACCCGUCCUCGGACUAUGACAUCCGCAGCGACGUUGACGUCGAGCCACCGCAGCAGCAGCAACUGCGAGACCGCAGCUACGGCAACGACAACGUCAUCGUCGCGCAGGAACAACGCGCGACCAGCAACGAAGAGCCCUGGCAGCUCUACUACACGCAGGAUGACGACGGGGACACGCAAUUGCACAUCGCAAUCGUCCAGGGCUUCGUGGAGGCGACCUUCAGCCUGAUCAAGAUGGCACCGCACCCCUGUCUAUUGAACACCUUGAACGACGACUGCCAAUCGCCGCUGCACUUGGCGGUGCUCACGCAUCAGCCGACGAUCGUGCGACGCCUGAUCCUGGCCGGCGCAGAUCCAUCCAUGAGGAAUUUCCGCGGCAACACGGCCCUUCAUAUCGCCUGCGCCAGCGGCGACCUCGCUUGCGCCAAGGCGCUCACGGACCCAUUGUCCCCGAUGGAGAGGAACGAGCUGAUGCCUGGCCAGAAAGUGCCAGCCUUACCCCAAAACCUGGAGCAACGUAAUUACAGCGGCGAAAUGUGUCUACACGUGGCCGCGGCGAACGGACAGGUGGACCUGGUGCGCCUUCUCCUGCGUCUGGGCGCUGAUCUUGAGUCGAGGGAGGCCCUGGCGGGUAGAACAGCCCUUCACGUCGCCGUGGAACGCGGAUGUCGAACGGUGGUCGCCUUCAUGCUGCACGAGUGCCGGCCUUGCCUGGACGCGCAGACAUACGCCGGCAUGACGGCCUACCAGUUGGCCCUGUGUUUCGACGACAUCCAGCUCGCCCGGGAACUGGUACGACUCGGCGCGUCGCCACAGCCCUUGCCGGAAUCCUCGGACUCCGAGAGCGAGGACGAGGAGACGUUGGAUGCGUCAGCGUCGUCGCCGGCGGCGAAUUACUUACCCACGAUAGUCAAUGUACAGAACGCGGUCGGAGUCAAGGUCUGAAGCAUUCUCGGCUUGCCGCGUCCAUCGGGAAACUUCCUUCUGGUCCAUCGGAGCCAAGGCCGACGGGAGAAAGAAAGAGAGAGAGAGAGAGGGAGAGAAAGACAGGAGAGAAAAAAACAGGCGUAAUAUAUAACAUACAUAUUAUACAUGUAUAAUGCGCACACAGAGACGUAUCUUGGAUUGCGAAGUGUCCACGAAGUCUAUCGCGACGCAUUCGUCGCCGGCGAAACGAGAUAUCUCGCCCGCUUGGGCGAAAGUCAUUCAAAACGUUGACAAUUCAAAAUUUCAUUGCGUAUCAAAGACGUGACCUGGGAGUUAUGAUAACCCCAAAGAAAAUUAUUGCAUUCGGGUGAACGGACUCGAGGGCGAGACAAGUCGCGAGCAAGAUUGCCUCGUGACGAUUUCGAAUCUGCUAAUUGCACACGAAGACGCGCACAAUUAAAGCAAAUGGAAUUAGAUAAGAGGUCAUAAGUCACGCUUGCCGAUGACUUCGACGGGUGUUAAAAAUAAUUCGCCAGCACAAAGCCGUAUCUUGAGUCUGACAUGUGUAUGUGUAAUCUCUCAGUAUGUUGAAUGAAUUAAAAAUAGGCGGUCAGUCGGGAAGAUAAAAGUGAGAUUCCGUGAGAUCAGCUUCGCGAUACACUGCGUUAUACAUGGUGUGCGCAUAAAUAUGCGUCUUUAAUCGACAAGUAUUACUACUGUUACGCAGUCAGAAACUAUACGCUUCUUUUUCUUUUUUUUCCGAAUUAAUACAGCGGCAGCGAAUUAUGCGACGAAGAUAGAUGAUCGAGAAACGAACGAUGAACAAUCGACGGUAAUUGCGUGGAAAUGGAAGAUCUCAGAAACGAACUCGUACACGCGACUAACGAAUAUAUUCGAUUACGAACGAAGCAACGACGCGUAGAUGCGAACUGAAAGACAGCCUGUACUUUCCCUUAGGACUUCUCGCGGCAGAUAAGCGUGCAACGUGGUCUCGAAGUAUAUAUGUGUAAAGGUAUACAGAAUUUCGAGUGGUACAAGUAAGAAGGUCUUGGCAGAGACAGUACAUCGCAAAAGCCAUAUCCAUUCUGCAACAUGGAUCCAGGAUGAGCGUUGAUCUUGCUACAUGCACUCGUUAAAACUUUCCUGAGGUGCGUUCGUCGACGUAACUUAUUUAAAAAAGAAUUCUACUUUAAGGCUUUUCUACAGCAGUCGCAAUGUCGGUGUCGCAGUCCCAAGAAAAGAAACGUCGUAUCCACAUAUCCGCAGAUCUGUUCUUUAUCGUUGAACUAAUAUACAUUCACGAAACUUAAAAAGAAACAGAUAUAUAGCUAAAACUUGGUGGAAAAAGGAGAGAAGAAGAUUAGAGGAGAAAAGAACUAGUACAAGCUAAUGUAGUCGGUUCAACAAUAGAAAACAAACCUCAUAUAAAUCGCAACGCAUGAUAAAGUGACGCUAUAUCGUCCUCAACUAUUGGCGCGUGAAGACUCAACUGCUGACGCUUCUGAUUAAACAAAUGUCGCAGGCGCAACGGUUGAAGUUGAGCCAAAUGUUGCGAUGAUUUUGCGAUCACCGUUUUGCGAUGAGCGUUGCGACUGAUUGCGACCGUUGUAGAGAAGAACCUUUAAACGACGACUAUAUCGCUCGAAUGAAAAUUUCUCUCGUCGCUUAAUUUAUAGUUACUAUUCUUAGGAUUUUAUGUCCAACGACAAAAUUUGUAGCCCGUUAUCGAGGUAUCACGCGUUACUGUGUUUCCUUUUCAUGAUGAUUCUUGCAUGCGACUGAUGAACAGCGAAGCAUUUGAGAGCGUGUUGAAUUCGAGGCUCAGUUGCUGAGACGUUUCGAUAACGGGCGAGACGCGGUGAACGUCGCAGCGACGAAACUCUCAAUGAGAAGAGAACGACUAUGCGAAUUAAUCGAAGUUAAUAGAGAGAGAAAGGAAGAUAACGAACGAUCAGAACUUCACACGACGAAGUUCUCGGACAAUUGCGAGGACGGAAUAACUCAUAAUUGGCUAGAACUAUAGAAUUGGUUCUGUGGUGUAAAUAGAGAAGUGCAUGCGAUCCGUAUGCAUUCGAUAUGCGAAUAGAAACUUGCGAGGAGUGUCACUGUUAUCUUAUACAAAUCGUAGCUUGUAGCUGGACGCGAAGUCGCCACGUCGGACAUACACAUUUCGUUAGGUCGGAGAAACGAAGUAAUCAAAUACAUUCUUAUACGUGCGACUUAUAGUUUAUUGUUUACUUGUAUUUAUAUAUAUAAUAUAUAAAUACACAUAAAUUUAUAUAUAUAUAUAUAUAUAUAUAUAUAUAUAUAUAUAUAUAUAUAU